ACCAGAUACUUGACCAAAUCAAUUAUUAUGAGAUUCUUAGUGUUACCAGGAUACUUGCAAUCGGGCAAAACACUGGCAGAAAAGUCGUCAGGAAUCAGAAAGCUCUUGAAAAAGGCCAACCAUGAGUUGGAGUAUAUCGACCCGCCUAGAGUGCUUUCGAGUCCUAGUGAGUUGGCAUUCAAAUUAGGCGAUACUCAGGAAGAAAUUGAUCUGAAAUGGCAGAACAUUGUCGACGCUAAUAAUAACCGGUGCUGGUGGUUGGCCAAUGACACCAACCCGUACCUCGGGUUUGUGGAGUCUUACAAUCAUAUGGUGAAGCAUAUCACUGAGAAUGGACCUUAUGAUGGAAUCAUCGGAUUCUCCCAGGGGGCAGGGAUGUCGUUGAUCUUACUUCAGCAGUUCAACUUCAAGGUAUGCUUAUCGUUUUCUGGCUUUUGUUUCACGCUUCCAAGUGAUCCCAGUUAUGACAAGGUCAACAUUAACUACCAGAUUGAAGACCCCGAAGAGUACAAAAGCAAGAACAUGUUGAACGACGAGUACAAAAAGUACUAUGGCAGCGACACCCCAAUUUUGAACAUUUAUGGAAACAAUGAUAACUUGGUGCCUCGGGUCAGGUCUAUAUUUAUUGAGUCUGUGUUUAAGAAUGUGGAAAGCUAUGAGUUUGAAGGAGGACAUAUGAUGCCAAACAAGAAGCCAUUUUUGGCUCCGAUUGUGGAGCGUGUGAAUUCCAUCGACAAGUCGUAGGUGGGCGUACAAAUAGGUAUGGUACAAAUAAUUAUGGUGCAAAUAAUUAUGGUACAAAUAGUUAUGGUACAAAUAAUUAUGGUACAAAUAGUUACGGAACGUGUAGAUAGUUAUAGAUUUGGAGAUAGUUAUAGAUUUGAGGUCAAGAUUGAAACAAAGGAAAAUGUAGAAGCGGAUGAAGAGAUUCUGUUGGACACUUUAUCACCAUUGCACAAUCUUGCACAU